AUGGCUUGGUGGAGAUUCCAUGCGCGGAGAGGGUUGCGGCUGCUUCCGACCAACCCGGAAGUAAACGAGAUGACCGGAUACGUCAAUUUCCCAGGAUGCUUUAACCUGAGAUGUCGAAUGUCUUUACUUUGGCUUUGUCUAGCGCUAUUACAUGCGUGCGCUCUUACCGCCAACGCCGAAAAGCUGGACGAAAAUGACCCGGUAGUGACCACGGUCUACGGCAGACUCCGCGGCAUCAAAAAAGAACUCAACAACGAGAUUCUAGGUCCGGUGGUGCAAUUUUUGGGAGUCCCUUACGCAGCACCCCCCACCGGCGAGCGCAGAUUCCAGCCUCCGGAACCGCCUUUAUCGUGGCCGGAAAUUCGCAACGCCACGCACUUUGCCCCGGUGUGCCCGCAGAGCAUCGUAGAAGGCCGACUCCCGGACGUGAUGCUGCCCGUGUGGUUCACCAAUAGCAUGGAUGUGGUGUCCAGCUACGUGCAAGAUCAGAGCGAGGAUUGCCUCUAUCUAAACAUCUACGUACCUACAGAAGAUGGUGAGUACCCGCGCGAGUUCAGGGUAUAG